GCACUGCGUUUCCAGGAUCCGGCAGAGGGGCUUAUCGGUCUCGGCAACCGUGUGCGCCGCCGAAGGACCCCAGUGAGUUGCCUUCCUGUGCAGGAGAAAGAGGUCCCUGGGCGAUCAAGGAGCUGAGGCGUUGGGAUAUCCCGCAGGAGAUGUUGUUUUUUAAUAGAGAGUCUCUUUUAAGUGCCUAACUUCUCGAGUGACCACAUUAUGCAGCUCUAAGACUGUCAUAUCCGUAAAACAGAAAAGGAAUCUGACUUUGAAUAACGAAAAGGACAUGCUGACCUCUUCAAAGGGUUCACAGUCGUUGCCACAAUCUUCAGGUAUACAGCAAGUGAACGCUAUGGAAAACACGAGCUACGAGCAGAGGGUGCUGCUGUGGUCCGUGACAUGUGGCGUCGCUCUCAUCCUGGGCCUCAUGGUGACUAUCACGUGCCUCCUCCUGCGACAGAACAAGCUGCUCAAAAACAGGCGGAGCGCCAGAUCGGUCCCCCCCCCAAGGAGCGGGCGCCCGAAAUCCCGCCACAGACCAACCAAGAGGGAUGAGGAGGGGUACCUCACCCCCACCGGCCUCCCCCCGCCCGUGAGUAUGAGCGGCUUCGGCCUCGGGGAGCAGCCAGCACGACCGAAAGGCAAGCGCACGCCCAGGCCCCCCCCGAUCGAGGACUCGCCUUCGUCGUCCAUCGAGAAGCACAUCUACGAGGACGCCGACUUCCCCUACGCGUUCGACCCGGAUUCGGAAAGUUUCUAGGAGUCUCCGGAGGGCGAGAGGCGGCCACAAGACUCGGUCGUCAGGAAUCGGGAUUUUUUCCCGAACAAACACGCACACACAUGCACAGACAUACUCACACAGACAUACUCUCACACACACACACACACACACAUACAUACAUACAUACAUACAUACAUACAUACAUACAUACAUACAU